AUGGUGUUGAAUUUGAAGUUUGCUAUUAAAAUAUUUCUUUUAAUCUAUUUAACUCAGUGCGUCUUGGUUAUCGAUGCUAGACAAUUUAGAGUGACUGAUCAAGUUUAUUUAGAUAUACAAAGAGAAGAUAAAGCUGGUAUAAAAGGAAAGAGCUAUAAGGGCACAAGUUUUAUCAGAAUAAUUAAAAGAUUCAUGAUACAAGGAGGAGAUGUUGUCAAUGAUGAUGGUUCCGGAUCCAUUAGCAUUUACGGAGAAGCUUUUGACGAUGAAAAUUUAGAUACGCAACAUACGGUAGCCGGAUUUGUAUCUAUGGCCAAUAGGGGAAAAAACACAAAUGGCUGUCAGUUUAUAAUAACGACAACUGGAACGCCAUGGUUGGAUGGACUGCAUACUGUUAUUGGAAAGGUCGUAGAGGGUCAGAAUUUGGUACACGUCGUUGAGCACACGCCUACGGACGUCGACGAUCGACCUACGCAACAUGUUUAUAUUGCCGAUUGCGGUGUGGUGCCGACGCCGCAACCGUAUUAUAUAUCUGAUGACCCUUACGAUUUGUGGGCAUGGAUCAAGGCUUCUGCGGUCCCGCUCAGCAUGUCCUUUUCUAUCCUAGGAUUCUUUCAUUGGAUGAUAAAGAAAAUGGAAAUC